AUGCCUUCAACAUACUCACAGCCAGUUUCCAAGAUACCUCCGACGAAGCCUGAUACGAGGUUUCUCCCUCGGAUCCUCUGCCUGCACGGCGGCGGCGUCAACGCUGCCAUCUUCAAAGCGCAAUCACGAUCCCUCAUCCGCCACCUUCAACACUCCUUCCGCCUCGUAUGGGCUGACGGCCCCUUCUUCUGCGACCCCCACUCAGACAUUAUCGGCGUAUACAGUGACUACGCACCGUUUCGGCGCUGGUUACGAUGGCUUCCGGAACAUCCUGAAAUCGAUGAGGACACUUGCAUCGAAGAGAUUGGAUAUGCGAUGCGAACAGCAAUGGAAGACGAUGAUCGGGAGGGCGGCACAGGCGAGUGGGUAGGCUUAAUGGGCUUCAGUCAAGGAGCGAAGCUUUCCGCAAGCCUACUGCUCGAACAACAAGCCAGGGAAACGCAAGCACGCAAAGACGGAACAAAGAUCGCUACUGGUCUCACAGGAAUCCCAGGAAUAAGGUGGAGAUUUGGAAUACUACUAGCCGGCCGAGCGCCCUUGAGCAACCUGAAUCCUGAGCUCCUCAAAAGCGAAGCACUAGUGAGUGCGGGCAGCAUCUCGGAAGGGUUUCAGUUUUGUAAAGAGGUAGACGAGGAGGCUACGCUGCACAAACCAACGCUUCAUGUCCACGGCAUGGCUGAUCCAGGACUGCAUCUACAUCGAAAAUUACUACACGAGUAUUGCGAAGACUGUACGGUCACGUUAGUAGAGUGGGAGGGCGCCCAUCGGAUACCGCUUAAGAGUAUGGACGUUGACCGAGUUGUCGACGCCAUAUACGAUAUGGCCGAGAUGACUGGGGUGAAAGUCUUGAGGACUGUUUAA